GUGAAAUGGAGCAUGCGGUUAUCUCUAUCUGGUUUUCCUUUAUGGUUGAGUGAAGAGAAUCCUCACCUGGCAUAUUUUUUGCGCAACCUCAUUUUCUCUCCUUUUCUUAUCAGCUCCUCUCGUUGUAAAGCUUCACAAUGGACGCGUUUGAAGUUCUGGCGGAAAACUACGAAUUCAAUGACAUUGAGGGACGGUGCCUGGCCUUCAGGAGGGCGGCCUCUGUGCUGAAGAGUCUUCCCUGGGCGGUGCGGAGUAUCGGGGCCACGCAGGACCUGCCAUGCCUGGGUGAACACACCAAGGCUGUCAUGAAGGAGAUUCUUCAAUAUGGCCGCUCAUUUGAGGUCGAGAAAAUACUCUCUGAUGAAAGAUGUCAAACUCUCAAGCUGUUCACGAGCGUGUUUGGGGUUGGACCUAAAACAGCCGAGAAGUGGUACCGCAGAGGGCUUCGCUCGUUCAGCGACGUUCUGGCGCAGCCCGCCAUUCAUCUGAACCGGAUGCAGCAAAGUGGUUUUCUGCAUUAUGGAGACAUCUCCAGGGCUGUCAGUAAAGCGGAGGCACAGGCCGUGGGGAACAUUAUUGACGAGGCUGUCCAUGUGAUCACACCAAACGCCAUACUAGCGCUGACAGGUGGCUUUCGGAGGGGGAAGGACUUUGGCCACGAUGUCGACUUUAUAGUGACCACAAUGGAGCUGGGAAAGGAGGAAAACCUUCUGAUCAGCAUCAUCCAAAGUCUGAAAAAACAAGGUCUUCUGCUCUUCUCUGACUACCAGGCGUCGACCUUUGACCUAUCAAAGCUUCCCAGCCACAGGUUUGAGGCCAUGGAUCACUUUGCGAAGUGCUUCCUGAUCCUGCGUCUGGAGGGCAGCCGGGUGGAGGGAGGCCUUCAGAGAGCCCAGGGCGACGGCCGCGAGUGGAGAGCGGUGCGCGUGGACCUGGUGUCGCCGCCGGCGGAUCGCUUCGCCUUCACGAUGCUCGGCUGGACCGGCUCCCGGAUGUUUGAGAGAGACUUACGAAGGUUUGCUCGACUGGAACGGCAGAUGCUUCUGGACAACCAUGCCUUGUAUGACAAAACAAAGAAGGAGUUCCUGACAGCGACGACUGAAAAGGACAUCUUUGACCAUCUGGGCCUUGAGUACAUCGAGCCUUGGCAGAGGAAUGCGUAGGCCUCCGCUCCUCCCUAGAUGGAUGGUACCCUGUGCGCACAUCAAUGAUCAUCCCAUCUGCUUGCUGCUCUCAGGCCUCUCCCGUGAUUUACUUUCUAACUGCUUCUGAUUCCCGUGUCUCCUUUGUGUUGUUGUUGCUGUUGUCGCCUGAAUUACACGCUGAUGCGCGAUUCAUAAUUCAUAAUUCAUAAUUCGCUCUUGUUCGCUAUUGUCUGGCAGAGAAUA